CAGAUAUUUUAUAUGGCUUGCAAAGCAGGAAACAGAAAAUCUCGAGAGCAACGCACCAGAAGAAUUUUUUUCCUUCGAGGACGAGAGAAUCAAAGGCGCGCGAGCGCGAGAGAGUCGCAGCCGGCAAUUGAAAGACGAAGUGAACAAACGAGGGUAAACCGGAGAUCCAACUGAGCGACGGCGAGCUCGGUCUAGGUAUCGUCCUUUUGCUAUGUUCGAAAUGAAUAUGAUUUUCAUUUCUUAGCUGAGUUUCGGCCCUUGCAUAGCGAAGGAAAGUUUCGGCGCUUCAGUUAAUCGUUAGGGAUUGAUUGGGAUUUGAUUGAGUUUCAGAAGACGUGAGUAAGGCUAGGUGAAGUUGAGCUGAAGCAGUGACGAAUUUCGGUGGGUUCAGGGUUAGGAACGGGGAGGAGGUUAGCUUGUGUAAGUGAGUAAUGAUUUCUCUAAGUCGGUAGUUUAGUUUGGUAGCGUGUGUAUUAUAUGAACAUGGAGUAUCCCUUUUCUUCGAAAGUAAAGGCUCGGCCAAGAGCACAGCUGGAUGAGAUAAGUUCCGCUCUGGAAGACCCAAAUAUCAAAUUUGCGGAGCUGAUGAACUUGGAUGCCUAUCCUGGAUGGUGUAAUGGCUCUCCAGCGAUGGACCACUGGCUUGUUUCAAAUGGGUUGUCGCCGUUGCAGCCCUUUCCAUUAGGUUCUUUCGAUUCACUGAAUCUUACUGCAGAACAACCUGGUUAUCUCAGCCCUAGUGUCCAUGCAGCAUCGAAUGGCCAUGGUAUCUCCCACAAUUGUGCAGACAACGUAACCUGUCAGCAGACUGAUGCAGAAUUGGUAUAUCCAUCGGGAUCGAAUCCAGGGAAUCAACAAGAGAAUUUCAUGGUGGAGGCUAGCUGUAUGGUUUCUCGCCCUCUUGGCUUCUCGCUUGACGAGAAGAUGCUAAAGGCUUUGUCCUUUCUCAGGGAGUUCUCUGGGGAUGGCAUUUUGGCACAAGUAUGGGUUCCGAUAAGGCAGGGGGGUCAAUAUGUGUUGUCAACUUCCGAGCAGCCUUACUUGCUUGAUAAAACCUUAGCAGGGUUUCGUGAGGUCUCUAGAACGUUUACCUUCUCUGCGGAGUUGAAGCCUGGCCUUCCAUUAGGCCUUCCGGGACGUGUAUUCGUCUCUAAAGUUCCAGAAUGGACCUCAAACGUAGUUUAUUACAAUAAGGAAGAGUAUGUGAGGGUGAAGCACGCGGUUGACCAUGAAGUCCGGGGUUCUAUUGCGUUGCCUAUUCUAAAUCCUUCUGGCACGUCCUGUUGUGCUGUUCUGGAACUUGUCACUGUUAAGGAGAAGUCUGAUUUUGAUUCUGAGAUGGAGAACAUUUGCCAUGCACUUCAGGCUGUAGACUUAAGAAGUACUCUACCUCCUCGGCUUCUACCCCAGUGCCUGUCAGAUAACCGAAGAGCCGCUCUUGCUGAAAUAAUGGAUGUCCUACGAGCAGUUUGCCACGCACAUACAUUGCCUCUUGGUCUAACUUGGAUUCCUUGCCAUUAUACUGAGGACGCUGUUGAUGAAAUCAUAAGAGUUCGUGUAAGAGAAGGUAGUAAAUCACGGCCUACUGGGAAAUGUGUUUUGUGCAUAGAGGAUACAGCUUGUUAUGUGAACGACAGGUCGAUGCAAGGGUUUGUGCAUGCUUGUGUGGAGCAUUAUAUUGAGGAAGGCCAAGGCAUAGCUGGGAAAGCACUUCAAUCAAAUCAUCCUUUCUUCAUCCCAGAUGUGAAGGCAUAUGACAUAACCGAGUAUCCGCAUGUCCAUCACAGUCGUAAGUAUGGACUAAAUGCUGCAGUUGCAAUCAGGCUGAGAAGCACAUAUACUGGUGACCACGACUAUAUAUUGGAACUCUUUCUUCCGGUCAACACAACAGGGAGUCAGGAGCAACAACUCUUGUUGAACAGCCUCUCAAACACAAUGCAAAAAGUUUGCAAGAGCUUGAGAACAGUUUCUGAUGCAGAAUUAGCUGCUGGUGAAGGUGAUAGAGUUGGAUAUCACAAGGAAACAUCGGCAGUCUCCCCUCAGAUCUCUAUAUCAGAGAAAAACUCUCAAACCGCAUUAUCAAGUGCAUUUUUGGACACUGCAGGCAUAGUGGAUUGUAAUGCAUCCAGCUCCAGAAUCGAUAGAACAGAAUCAGGCAGUCAGAAUUGUCGGGCCACCACUGGGCCCAGAAAACAGCUGGAGAAGAAAAAGAGCAAUGUAGAGAAGAAUGUGAGUCUAAGUGUUCUUCAGCAAUACUUCUCUGGAAGUCUCAAGGAUGCUGCGAAAAGCAUUGGCGUUUGCCCUACAACACUGAAAAGGAUAUGCAGACACCAUGGAAUAUCAAGAUGGCCAUCCCGCAAGAUCAACAAAGUGAACCGCUCAUUAAAGAAAAUCCAAACUGUGCUUGAUUCAGUUCAAGGAGUAGAAGGUGGAUUCAAAUUCGACCCUUCUAUUGGUGGAUUCACAGCAGGGGGGCCCACACUGGAUGAACUCGACACGGAAACUCCAUUUCACAUUCAUCAUCCAGAACCACUCGCCGAACCUGCUUCUGUUGCCGCAGUCAAAGUCGAGGACGACUUAAUAACCACCACCAUGACACCCUCGAUCGACUGCAGCGAGGAAGAUUCAAAGCCUCGACGAUGCGGUCCCCAAGAAAUCACACAACUCGACAAGUCAAGCUCCCAACAUCCGUCCUGGAGCGACAACAGCUCGUCACGUGGGUCUGAGUCAAUGCAUGGUGGAGGCGGGGGAUGCAGCUCAAGCUCUCAGACCUUCGAGGAAGGGACGAGAAAUGCUGGUGGGAAGAUCUUUACUGUGAAGGCUAGUUACAAAGAUGACACGAUCAGGUUCAAGUUCGAUCCUUCUGCAGGGUGUUUCCAUCUGUACGAGGAGGUCGGCAAGAGGUUCAAGCUGCAGAGCGGGACGUUCCAGCUCAAGUAUAUGGACGACGAGGAAGAGUGGGUGCUGCUGACGAGCGAUUCUGACCUGCACGAGUGCUGCGAGAUACUCGAUUACGUCGGGAAAGAGAGCGUGAAGCUCGUCGUUCGAGAUGUGCCCUUUGCAGCUGGGAGUUCCGGUAGCAGUAAUUGCUUUCUGGCGGGAAGCUCGUAGCCGUGUGUGUGUGUACAAACAUAGUCAUCCAUGGUUAAAGUAAAACGCAGGCAAGAUAGAAAAAAUACCUUGUAUGGUUUUGUUGUUGUACUUUACAUAUUAUCACGCUCGUGUUUAGUUGAAUAGAGGGUAGUGCUGAAGUUGGCAAUAAAGGUCUGGCAGGACCAAUGAUGUUGGAAAUGGAUAUAUGCCAUCAUUUCCUUCUUCACUUUUGGUAUAUGUACUUUGUAGAUGUGUAAGGUUAAAUACUAAUUUCAAUCACCCUACUAGGUCUCGUCGAAAAUUGAACUCGACAUUAAGACA